AUGGCACAUUGUUCUGGAAGUUGGUUUCUUUCCUUACUAAUUCUCCUAUUGGGUUUAAGUGUUCAAACUUCACAAUCUCGUAUAACUAUUGAAAAUGGGGUUAAGUCUUCUGUCUUUCUAUCACCGAAGUUUGUACUAGAACCAGGAUCAGUGGCAAAUAAGUACUACUAUGGCAUUGACUUUCCAAGAGGUCAUAUUGCCAUCAAGAGUUUCAAUGCUGAAGUAGUUGAUGAAGCAGGAAAUCCCAUUCCCCUUCACGAAACUUAUCUCCACCACUGGCUUGCUAUGAGAUACUAUCAGCCUAAAAGUGUAGAAAUUCCAAAGUACAACGACGGUCUGGGGUGCAAGUUGUUCAAUCAAUCUGAUUUUAAUUUCAGUAGGAACGCUGGUUUAUGCGAUUGUGAUGGUCCUACCCAGUAUUUUGGCCUUGGAUCUGAAACUCGAAGAACAGCCACAUAUGUGCCAGAUCCCUAUGGAAUAGAAGUUGGUAAUCCAGCGGAAAUUCCUGCUGGAUAUGAGGAGAAAUGGUUGAUGAAUGUCCAUGCAAUCGAUACGCGUGGUGUGGAAGAUAGAUUGGGAUGCGCCGAAUGCUGGUGUGAUCUUUAUAAUGUUACAGAGGAUGAAAAUGGUAGACCUUUGAAGCCAGGUUUUACAGGAGGCGCGAUAUGUUGCUAUGAUCAAGCACAAUGCAGGGUGAGAGAAGGCUUUGAGAGUCCCAAAAGAGGUCUAUACAUGAGAUAUACAGUCAAGUGGGUUGACUGGAAUAAUUUCAUUGUGCCUGUUAAAAUAUAUAUAUUUGAUGUAACUGAUACAUGGAAGAAGUUAGAUGACGGAGUUAUAGGUCAUAAUUGCCCGGUGGAAUAUGAUGUUGAUGCUUGCACUGCUACUGAUGAGGCUAAUGAUGGUUGCAUUGACACCAAAAGGGUAAGCCUCUCUAUGCCAACUGGUGGUAAUGUCAUCUACAGUGUUGCACACCAGCAUGCCGGGGGAAUUGGUUUAACUCUUUAUGGAGAGGAUGGACGGGUAAUAUGCCAUUCAACACCGACUUAUGGAGAAGGAAAGGAAGCAGGAAAUGAGGCUGGUUAUAUUGUAGGAAUGUCCACUUGUUAUCCUCAACCCGGCUCUGUCAAGAUAUCUGAUGGGGAGACUCUAGUUCUGGAAUCAAAUUAUAGCAGUGCUAAAAGGCACACAGGAGUUAUGGGGCUGUUCUACGUAUUGGUUGCAGACAAAGUACCACAGCCCAAUCCUUUCCUGCCUGCUCUGGUUGAAGAGCAUGAAAAGAUGACAUUACCUCGUUCUGUUUGGGGUAUAGCAUUUUUUGGAGCCGCAAUAGCUGUAGCUGCUGCUGUUGCUUUUCGAAGAAAGAGUGAACGAGAGGAAGGCUACCAAUCAAUUUGAUGUGGGCUGGUUUCAACAUGUUUCAUGUUGUAAUGUAUAUACGUA